AUGUCUCCACUUCUGAGAAGCAUCUUUGAUAUCACUGAAGUUUUCAAUCAAUAUGCCUCACAUGAUUGUGAUGGGGCCGCACUGUGCAAGAAAGACCUGAAGAACCUCCUUGAAAGGGAAUUUGGAGCUAUUCUUCGGAGACCGCAUGAUCCCGAGACGGUGGACCUGAUCCUGGAGCUCCUGGACCGCGACCGCAACGGGCUCGUGGACUUCAACGAGUUCCUGCUGUUCGUUUUCAAGGUGGCCCAGGCCUGUUACUACGCCCUGGCCGAGGCCUCGGGGCUGGAGGAGGACGCCGAGCCCGAGGGGAAGGGCGGCCCGUCGCGAGACCGCGGCCUGGGCGAGCAGAGGGCCGGGCGGGACGCGCGAGAGCGCCAGGAGCCGCUACCCCGGCGGGAAAGGCAGGAGCUGGGGAGGGAGCGCCUGGAGGACGAGCAGCUGCAGAGGCUUCGGCGCGGGCGCCAGGAGCCCCUGGAGCAGGAGAGGCGCGAGCAGCAGCUCAGGCGCGAGCAGGAGCUGAGGCGCCAGCAGGAGGAGGGGCGCGGGCAGGCGCCGAGGAGAGAGAAGGAGCUGAGGCGCGAGCAGGAAGAGAGGCAGGAGCUGAGGCGAGAGGAACUGAGGCGCGAGCAGGAACCGCGCUUGGAACAGAAGCUGAGGCGCCAGCAGGAAGAGAGGCGCCAGCAAGAGCUGAGGCGAGAGAAAGAGCUGAGGCGCGAGCAGGAGCUGAGGCGAGAGGAGCUAAAGCGCGAGCAGGAGCUGAGGCGAGAGGAGCUAAAGCUCGAGCAGGAGCUGAGGCGAGAGAAAGAGCUGAGGCGCGAGCAGGAAGAGAGGCAGGAGCUGAGGCGAGAGGAGCUAAAGCGCGAGCAGGAGGAAGAGAAGCUGAGGCGCCAGCAGGAAGAGAGGCAGGAGCUGAGGCGAGAGAAAGAGCUGAGGCGCGAGCAGGAACCCCGCUUGGAAGAGAAGCUGAGGCGCCAGCAGGAAGAGAGGCAGGAGCUGAGGCGAGAGAAAGAGCUGAGGCGCGAGCAGGAACCGCGCUUGGAACAGAAGCUGAGGCGCCAGCAGGAAGAGAGGCGCGAGCAGGAGCUGAGGAGAGAGAAGGAGCUGAGGCGCGAACAGGAAGAGAGGCGCGAGCAGGAGCUGAGGCAGGAGCUGAGGCGGGAGAAAGAGCUGAGGCGCGAGCAGGAACCUCGCUUGGAACAGAAGCUGAGGCGCGAACAGGAAGAGAGGCGCAGGCAGGAGCUGAGGCAGGAGCUGAGGCGCGAGCAGGAGCUGAGGAGAGAGAAGGAGCUGAGGCGCCAGCAGGCAGAGAGGCGCGAGCAGGAGCUGGCUGAGGAGGAGGUACGGCAGGAAGAGGCCCGUGAGCAGGGCCAGAGCCGCACCCUGAGGUGGCAGCGGAGGCUGGAAAGAGAGGCCGACGCCCGGCAGAGCAAAGUCUACUCGAGGCCCCGCAGGCAAGAGUCGCUGGGGCGCCGCCAGGAGCAGGAGGAAGAGGAAGAGAGGCGGCUCCAGGAGCGCGAGCAGAGGCUGCGGGAGCUGGAGCGGGAGGAGGACGCCCAGUGGCCGAGCCAGCGCCUCCGAGAGGAGCGCGAGAGGCGGCUUCGCCAGGAGGAGGAAGAGCAGCGCGGAGACCUCAAGUGGCAGUGGCAGGCUGAGGAGGAGAGAGAGAGGCGCCGCCAGAGGCUGUCGGCCAGGCCCGCACAGCGGGAGCAGCUGAGGGCGGAGCAGCUUCAGGAGCCAGAGCCACUGCUCCGUGAGGAUGAGCAGCGCCUACAGCGACUCGAGAGGAAGAAGGAGCAGCAGCUCCAGGAGGAAGAGCGCCUCCUAGAGGAUCGCGAGAGGGAGCGGCUCCAGGACCAAAAAUGGAGGUGGCAACUAGAGGAGGAAAGCCAGAGGCGCCGCCACACGCUGUACGCCAAGCCAGGUCAACGCGAGCAGCUGCAGCGCGAGGAGGAGCAGCUGCUGAAGGAGGAAAGAGAGGAGAAAAAACGCCUUCAGGAAGAAGACAGAAAGUUCCGUGAGGAGGAACAGCUCCUCCAGGAACUCGAAGAACAGCAGCUGCGUCGCCAGGAACUCGAACAAGAGCUUCGCCAGGAGCGCGAGAGAAAAUUCCGUGAGGAAGAACAGCUCCUCCAGGAACGGGAAGAACAGCAGCUGCGUCGCCAGGAACUGGAGCAAGAGCUUCGCCAGGAGCGCGAGAGAAAAUUCCGUGAGGAGGAACAGCUUCUCCAGGAACUCGAAGAACAGCAGCUGCGUCGCCAGGAACUCGAACAAGAGCUUCGCCAGGAGCGCGAGAGAAAAUUCCGUGAGGAAGAACAGCUCCUCCAGGAACGGGAAGAACAGCAGCUGCGUCGCCAGGAACUGGAGCAAGAGCUUCGCCAGGAGCGCGAGAGAAAAUUCCGUGAGGAGGAACAGCUUCUCCAGGAACUCGAAGAACAGCAGCUGCGUCGCCAGGAACUCGAACAAGAGCUUCGCCAGGAGCGCGAGAGAAAAUUCCGUGAGGAAGAACAGCUCCUCCAGGAACGGGAAGAACAGCAGCUGCGUCGCCAGGAACUGGAGCAAGAGCUUCGCCAGGAGCGCGAGAGAAAAUUCCGUGAGGAGGAACAGCUUCUCCAGGAACUCGAAGAACAGCAGCUGCGUCGCCAGGAACUGGAGCAAGAGCUUCGCCAGGAGCGCGAGAGAAAAUUCCGUGAGGAGGAACAGCUUCUCCAGGAACUCGAAGAACAGCAGCUGCGUCGCCAGGAACUCGAACAAGAGCUUCUCCAGGAGCGUGACAGAAAAUUCCGUGAGGAGGAACAGCUCCUCCAGGAACUCGAAGAACAGCAGCUACGCCGCCAGGAACUGGAGCAAGAGCUUCGCCAAGAGCGCAACAGAAAAUUCCGUGAGGAACAGCUCCUCCAAGAACGGGAAGAACAGCAGCUGCGUCGCCAGGAACUGGAGCAAGAGCUUCGCCAGGAGCGCGACAGAAAAUUCCGUGAGGAGGAACAGCUCCUCCAGGAACUCGAAGAACAGCAGCUGCGUCGCCAAGAGCGCGACAGAAAACUCCGAGAAGAGGAACAACAGCUGCGCCGCCAGGAACGUGAACAAGAGCUUCGUCAGAAGCGGGACAGAAAGUUCCGUGAAGAUCAACAGCUUCUCCAGGAACGGGAAGAACAGAUGCUGCGUCGCCAAGAAGAGCAGCAGCUGCAGGAGGAGCAAGAACUGAGGCGCAGGCAGGAGCGGGAAAGGAAAUUCCGGGAGGAAGAGCAGCUCCGCCAACAGGAGGAGGCGCAGAGGCGUGGCCAAGUCCGGGAGGAAAAAGACAAGGGCCGUCAGCAGAUUCUGGAGCCUGGCAAGCGUCAGUUUGCCAGUGUCCCAGUGCGCUCCAGCCCCCUCUAUGAGUACAUCCAAGAGCAGAGAUCCCAAUACCGCCCUUAA